AUGCCAGAUAUUAGUGGUGUAUCAAAAACCAGUCCAGAGACGCAAGAUGUCAGUGAGAUAUCUAGAAGCAGUCCAGACACAAAAGAUGUAAGCAAUGCAGCUAAAACUAGUCCAGAUACACAAUAUAUUAGCAGUGUCUCUAAAACCAGUACAGACAAACAAGGAAUCAGUAGAAUAUCUAGUACCUGUCUAAGCAUUCCAAUGAGUGAGAAGAAAACUCCAAAGGAGGUUGGUUUUAUGGAAAUUGAAGAUGAUACGGAUGAAGAUGAUGAUGAUGAUGCUAAUGAAACUGUAAUAUCAGUAGAUAAAGUAGAAGAUGUUACUGUGAAUAGUGUGAAUAAGGAAACAGAAGAUAAACAAAUAUUGAAGGUAAUAUCAUACAUGAUGAGACUCAGAAAAGUUGAAUGA